CGCCCUCCUCCCCACUCGGCCACACGCAUCACCCGCUGCGGCCACAUCGUCGGUAAAGAAUGUCUCCUCGCGUGGCUCGACAUCAGCUGCGCAUGUCCCGUGUGCAACUGCCCUCUCUUCGACGCCACGGACGAAGAGAUCACGGAGCGCGACGUCGCGUUCGUGUACAAGAAGCUGAGGUGGUUAUGGAGGAAGUGGGAGAUUUUCGCGGCGAUUGAGAGGGUCUUGUGGAGAAAGAGGUAUGAGCAGGGGUGGCGCGAGGAGCGGGCUCCUGGCGUUGAUCCGGUGGUGGAGGAGAGGGUGGAAGGGGAGUUCUGGGAUGGAGAGAUGGGGGAAGAGGAGGGGAGUGAAGAGGGGGAGAUUGUUGAGAGGGUGGAGAUGGAUGAGGAGGAUGAAGAGAUGGAAGAUGGGGAUGAGGGAUACGACAACGAGGGAUACGACGCAGAGAACGAAGACGAGGGCGAUGAUGAUGUCGGCAGUUCAGAAGAUAUGGACAUUUCAGACUCUUCAGAGUGA